CGUGCGGCUGGCACUGUGCAAACGUGAGCGAGCCGCCGGCCAGCCAGCGAGUGAGCGCACCGAUAAAUGAAUCUCCGACACCCGUUAUCUAAUCACUCGAAGCACGGCACCGAUCGCGGCGAACACACGACCACCGCAACCUCCACCUCAAAGCAUGGCCACCGUCGAGGACUCGGCAGUCACCAACUUCAGGGAGUACCUGCGCAUCCCCUCUGUUCACCCCAAUGUCAAUUACGAUGGAUGCAUCGAGUUCUUGAAGAAGCAGGCCAAGAGCCUUGACCUGCCGCUUCAAAUUUACACGGUCGUGGACCGCAAGCCGAUCGUGGUGCUCACAUGGCAGGGCCUCAAGCCAGAAGAAAAAGCUGUUCUGCUCAACUCGCACAUGGACGUGGUUCCCGUGUUCCCAGAAAAAUGGAGCCACAAGCCAUUCGCUGCUGAAAAAGAUGACAACGGAAAUAUUUACGCGCGUGGAUCUCAGGAUAUGAAGUGCGUGGGAAUCCAAUAUUUAGAGGCCAUCAGGAGGCUAAAAAGCAACGGGAUCAGACUCAAAAGAACCCUCCACAUCUCAUUCGUACCUGACGAGGAAAUCGGUGGUGUCGACGGAAUGGAGAAGUUUGUGCACACCAAAGAUUUCGAGAAUUUGAGAAUCGGCUUUUCUUUAGACGAAGGUAUGGCCAGCCCCAACGACGAGUUCCUCCUUUACAAUGGCGAAAGGUCUAUUUGGCACAUAUUCGUCACGUGUCCUGGCACACCAGGCCACGGCUCGUUGAUGUUGCCCGACACGGCGGGGGAAAAGGUCGAGAUCAUCAUGAACAAGUUCAUGGAUUUGCGCAGAAGAGAAAAGGCGAAACUCGAGUCAAACAAGAAUCUGACAGUUGGCGACGUGACCACUGUCAAUCUGACGCAAAUCAAGGGUGGCGUGCAACCAAACGUGGUGCCACCCGAGCUGACCGUCGGCUUCGACGUCCGCCUGGCGACCGACGUGGACCACGAAAAGUUCGAGGCCAUGAUCAAAGGUUGGUGUAAGGAGGCAGGACCAGGCACCACUAUCAGCUAUGAACAGAAGAACAACUUCGUGCCCAACACGCCACUCGACGACUCCAACCCCUGGUGGCUUGCAUUUAAAAAAGCAUGUGAUAAACUCAAAUUGAAACUGAAGCCAGCGAUUUUCCCUGGCGGCACUGACAGUCGUUACGUGCGUGAAGUGGGCAUUCCUGCGCUGGGCUUCUCGCCGAUCAUCAACACGCCAGUGUUGCUGCACGACCACGAUGAGUUCUUGAACGAGAAAGUAUUCUUGCAAGGUAUUAAAAUCUACGAGGAGCUGCUGCAGGCCGUGGCGAACGUUUGAUUGUUCCAGUCGCCGCCGACGAAAAUAAAAAUUUGUUACGACGGUUGUUGUUACUGCACCGGCCGGGUGGUUUUUAACUCGUAUUAAGGAUGAAAGUAUUUUUUGUUUCAGUUUUAUUUCUGCUUUGAGCAUUUAUCACACAAACACACAAGUUACGUAUUAUUUUGUUAACUGUACACGUACACGUUAAUUUGUCAGUGCCUAUUGUGUAGCCAGCAGGAUUGGACUUGUUGAGGUGGAUGUAUUAUACAUAUUAUUAUUAAAAAUAAUAAAAGUUUUUAAAACUGACGGUUAAUUGAUGAAA